AUGGGUGCACAGUCAGGGCGGGAAGUGGUGCUGAGAAGAACCAGCAACUUUACUCGAAAUGAGCGCUUUACUAGUCUGCUGGAGAACAAACAGUCCACGCCAGCGACUAUUCGGACUUCGCUGCAGCGGCAGCUGCAAGGCAGAGCCAGAAACAGAAGACUAGCCCAGCAGAUGGAGAAUAGACCCUUUGACCGGGCAGCAUUCAAACUUAAGCAUCGCCUGGGUAACAAGUGGAACAUCCAGGCUCCCUUAGGCCUACCCAGAGGUGACCUGUCCAGGGGAGCAAUUGGAGGGCGAGGCCUACCCAAGAUCCAGGGAGGCCUUCGAAGAGGAGGACUACGUGGGGGACUUGCCACCAGAAGCCUGCCAAGGGGCGGGUUGUCAUUCCAAGGUCGAAGCCCACUCCUCCGCGGUGAACAAGACUUUGCUGCCCCACGAAUGGAAUCAAGAGGUGGUGCUGUUCCAGGUCGUGGAGGUCCUGGGAGAAGGGGCCGCGGGCGUGCAGCUAUGGGUCGUGGUGGAGUCGGUGGUAGAGGUCUGGCUGUGAUAGGUCGGGGAAGAGGGAACUUUGGAUGGCGUGGUCGAGGCAGAGGUGCCCGCACUCGCCCUGCAUUGACCAAGGAGCAGCUGGACAAAGAACUGGAUGCAUACAUGGCCAAAACUAAAGCACGCCUCGAUGCUGACUUGGAUGCCUACAUGGCACAGAAAGAUUCUGAAACUCAUGACUGA